UCAAUUACACUUUUUUUGAUUUAACUCUCUCUUUGUGGGUCUUAAUUAUUCAUUUGUGAUUUGUAAUUUUGAUUUAGUUAAUUUUUAGUUUUGUUCAUUAUUAUUGAUCCUAUUCUGUAAUUUUAGGGUUCUUCUGUAUAGUUAAUAUGCUGAAUGUUAAGACAGAAUUAGUGUAAUUCAUGGUUACGUUAAGGGGCUAAUAGGGACUAACAGCUUAUAUUUUCUUGGUUUUCGUAUUGUUAAUGGGGGAAUGGGAGUAGAAAUGAAUUUUUCUAAAUUUCUAAGGUAAGUGUUACCGGGUUAAUCAGAGCGCAUUACCCAUUUUAGUAAGUACUUGGGAUUUGGGAUUAUUGUUAACAGGGUCAAUUAGCCUUGCACUACGGCACCCCCGUCAUAAUGGACUGUUAUUAAGUAUUAACAGCAAGACUUAACCUAGCGGUAUACUUUGUUUUUAGUUUCUAGAGGUCAGGGUUCGAGUAACAAAUGUGUGAGUGUAAGUUUCUGGGAAAUGAUCUUGCAGGAAAAAAAGGACUAUUAUCUUGUGGACUACAUUUCAGUGAUCUUGUUAUACAUGUCAUUUGGAUUUUAAUGCCUAGUGAGAGAUGGUAUAAUUCCACAAAAUAAACUUGAAAGAAACCAUAGCUCUUCACCCUUCAUAAUUGAUGAGUCGUAGUAGCUUUUUGUUUUACCUUGAAAUAGCUUACAUGAGCAGUUUAGGAUAUGUUGGUAUGUCCACUUAACUUACCAGAUAUAUGCAAGGAAAUGUGGUUUUCUUUUGAGAUGCCAUGCAGUAUGUGUCCUACCUUUUAUCUUCCAAUGUGAGUAAAUGUAUAACCAGGUGAAUAGUUGUCCCUAGAAAGUUCAUCGCAUAAACCUGCUUUUAUAGUGUACUCGACAGCAUUGGAACAUGGAAUUACUAAUACUUGGGAUGACGCAAAUAUGAAAUCCUUGUGUUAGGGGGAGGCGGGGAGUGGGCUGACAUUAGGAAUGCAUUGAAUCGUUUGAAAUAUGGACUAUGUGACCUGAGUUGAUUACUUGCGACACUAUAUAUAUUCUUUUUUACUUUGUUUACUUGUAGUUUCCAUUGUCUUGCUACUCUCCUAUACAUUCCCAACUCUCUUACUUCAAAGCUGAUUCAAACUUCAACAGAGGUUCAAGCAAUUUUUUGCAUUAAAAUUCCUCCUAUUCCUGUAUUUUUUUUUGCUCUUAAAAGCUAAAAUAAUCCCCGUAAAGCAUGGUAAGAAGUGUAACUAUACCCUCUUUGAUGUUUUUACAAAUAAAAUCACUAGGGACAUUGCCUUUAUCUCUUGCUCGCUGGAAAGGAUAUUAUGACCUUGAAAUUCAGUUGUUCAAGGUCACAAGGAUGUGCCUAAAUGGAGCAAGUGAUUUAAUGAUGUAUAUUCUUUUUGUUCCAAUAUUCUGCCUCUGGUAUUGCAACUUGCAAAUGGGGGUCAUGGAAGCAUGGAGCGUUCGUCUGGAAUUCGAACAAAAGCAAAGCCUAGAGUGCUUUGGAAUAAUGAAAAUGUCAUGAAAACAUUUUUAGAAGCAUGCAUUCAUGAAGCAGCUGACAGUGGGAAACAAGGUGGGAAUCUUGGGCAGCAAUCAUGGAAAAGAGUGGUUAAAUUAUUGAAAGAAUCUCACAGUUUUGUUGUUGACAUAAAACAAGCAAGAAAUCGUUUUGAUUAUAUUAGAUAUAAGUAUCAAGCUUGGUGCAGGCUCAAAAAUAGGUCUCAAAAUAUCUAUGAUGCAUCAACUAACACGUUUAAUCUUUCCGAAGAAGAAUGGGACCAAGAGAUACAGACCAACCCAAAGGCCAAAACCUUGAAGACUGCACCUCUAUUAUUCCCUAACCUCUGCAUUCAACUAUUUGAUGGCGUUAGUGCUGGGGUCACUGGUUCGGAGCCUCCAUCUACAAGAAAUAGGGUUUAUUCAACUAAUGAAUCUGAGGUACAUGAAGUUGAUUAUAGUCUUGUCCCAGUGCAAGAUCAAGGAUCCUAUGAAGAAUCCAAUGCCUGUAAUCCUAAUCUCAAUCAUGAUGAAGGAACACCACAGGUGCAAGCAAACAAAGAUACUCCCAAUGUUGAAAGUCAAAGACCCAGAAAGAAAUCCAAACAACCGGUGAAUCAAUCCAACAAUAGUCAAUUUGAAGAAAAUUUGUCCAAGGCUCUGGAAAUCAUAAUUCAAAAACAAAAUGGACCUACAAAUAUGGAGUGUAGAGAUAGAUUGAGAAGUCUUGGUUGGUCAUCAAAAAAUCCAUUGUAUCAAUUGGCUCUUGGAAUCUUUUGUGAGAGUGCAAACCACAGGGAAGCAUGGAUGAAUUUGGAAGAGGAAGAGUGUGAAAUUUGGGUUAAAAUGAUUUCACGAAAGUUAGGCCUCUCGAUAUAGGUUUAUUGGUAAAUUUAUGUAUGAGCAUUCUGGACUAGUAAGUUGAUCUGGUUGCUUGAUGCGGUAUUAUAUGAUGUAUGAUAUUGCAAUCAUGUUUAUAUUAUAUUUCAUGGAUUUUACUGCUUUUA